AUGGCGCCCCUCCUCCUCUCCCACUUCCGCGCAAAGCACCGCUCGGUCCUCACCUCGCUGUUCACGGCCACCUUCCUCGGCGCUGUCAUCGUCGUCGCCUUCCCCUGCCCCGCGCAGACUACCGACCAGUUCGGGCGCCGUGGUGUCCUCGCCGCCAAUGCGCCCCAGGGCCCCGAGUCGGCCACGUCAAAAGAAGUUGUCGUCAUGAUGAACCAGCGCGGACGGAGGCGAUUCCUCGAGGAUACAGACACGCCACACCCGGCACACACAAUACCUCAUCUUGUUUUUCCGUUCAAUGCAUGUUGAUUAGGACGUCG